AUGACAACGAAAACACCGAAUGAUCAAACGUCAAAGACGCUGCUAGAAAUAGCUGAGAAGCGUCAAUUAUUUAGGGCAGAGCAGAAUAGCGAGACAGAUGUAACGGUUGGAAGAUUGCCCGAAGCCAUAUUAUGGAGUAUAAGCCUGACAAUGCUACACCUAACAAUGGACCUGCUCGUAACGCACCAGUAUGUCGAGGAAAUUGAUUGGUCAUCUAUUCUGUUAAGAGCAACGCAGGCAUUUCCAGUCACCCUUCUCCUCAUUUAUCUCUUCCAUCCUCAUCCAUUCCCCUCACAUCUUACGCCGGCGCUGCCCAUGAAAAUUCAGCCUUUGUCGCAUCAACUUUUCUUCUUCACCUGUAGCAUGAUAGCUGGGAGCUAUUUCAUUCACAUCACCAAUCGUUAUCCAUUUUACGCCGUCAUGAAGCAAGUGCCUCCACUCGGCUGCCUCUGGAUCUGGUCUGUUAUCGAACUGGAUAUUCUUUGGGCAACAGGUAGCUUAGUGUGUAGUUGUAUAUACUUGAAACUAGGGAACUACUCAUUUUGGUGA